AUAAAUUGUUUUACAUAAUAGAAAAUACAAGAUAAAUGGUAAUUGACUUAGUAUUUAUGGAUAUUCUAUGUUAUCUAAUGUCGUAUAGUAAUGAAAACAAUCUAAAUAAGAGUUCAAAAAUUAAUUGCGACCCAAAAUACUGUACCACCUAAGUCUAUCCCCAUCGUACUAUGUAUUUAAGAAACUAGUAUUGUACUGCGUACUUGUACAAUGUACCAAAGCUACCCACGAUCCAAGUAACAUUGGUUAUGAGGAUGAUAUAAGAUAUUUGUUACCCAAACAAUCAUAAUAUAUAUUUUUUGGAUAAGCACAUAAACUUUAUUUAGAAUUAAAACAGUGAUAGAUGCCAAUCAAAUGCAACGUGUACAAUGGAGGCCAUGGCUCAAGAAUGGAUAUACAUUAACCAAAGAACUCUAGAAAAUAAUCUAUCAUUCCCGGGUCAUGAUUUAUUUGCACCAAAAGACUAAAGUACUCAAGAAAAUAUACUUUUUUUUUUAAUUGGAAGCGUUUUAGACUGAGCAUGGUGGUUGCUUUUGCUGUAAUUUUUGGGCUCAAAUGGAUAGAGUUGUGCAUUGUUACAAAUAUGCUUUGUGUUUCACAGGUCUUCUUGUAAAAAGCUGGACUUGAGUUUAAUGGAAUUUCUUACGUCGUAUGUGAACUGCUAAGUGAUUUGAUACAAACUUAGGUUCUUGAAAUAACUCAAUCUUAUCAUCCACAAAGCAGUUUGUAAUGUAGGACAGGAACAAAAAACAUUCAAAUGGCAACAUUCUAUAAGAAAAGUGGACGGAUAAUAAACGUUAUAAAUAUAGGGGAAGAGCUACUUCUCACUAGGAAUGCUGGGGGCAUGUAGGUGGCCAAAUUUAAUGUCACAAACUUGUUAUUAUUGCUGGCCUGAAGCCCUUGUUUACAUUGUGGCUGUGCCACAAUUUUUUAACAUGCCAUUGAUUAACCAAAGAGUUGUCCUACAUGUCCUUUGUAGAUUGAAUAUCAAAAUCUAAGAUUUCCUUUCCUUUUGCAUCCAAAAUAAAAUGUUGCUAUAGUUUCUUUAACUUGUAAUCAGAUUGCAGGCUUUGAAUUGGGCUUUCCUGAUAAUCUCGCUUAUGUUGGCAAUAAUUCUUUGGUUACAAUCUUGGGAACUGGGCUUCCUCAUGCCUUUCAUUUAGUUGAUACCUCUUUAUCAAUCACUUUUCCCAAGCUUUUUUUCUUGUUGCAAAGGAUAUGCUUGGCAAUCUUUAAAAAAUUCUUUUGCUAGGUUGUGCACCCAAAGGAGUCACAAUCCUAAUUCCCAGGGAAUGUGCCUCUUCUUUUUGUAUCUAAUCUAACUUGUGCAUGGGUAUAUUUAUUUGUUUGUGUGUGUGUGUGUAAGAGCCAGGGGCGUUAGGAUUGUCCACGAAUGAUUAUUGCACUACUUUUCGAGAUGAAUAAAUUAUUGUUGAAGGCUGGGAGAACUUGAUUUCCUAAUUCAUGUACCAGUGAAUAUUAAAUAAAUUGCAUUUUAAGAAAACUGAUGAUUGAGAAAAUAAAUCAAAGAACAACUAAUUAUUGGUGAACCUUCUAUGUGCACCCAAAUGAUCACAAUGAGGAAGGCAUCUUGACUGCAUGUGCAUCAGGAAGGGAGUGCAAAAUGUGAUCAUGUAGGAUCAACGGGAGAGUUCAACUGGUGUUCUUUAGUAUUUAGUUAGUGAGGCUGGAUGUAAAUAAAGCAAUUGAUGUAAAAAAGCCAAACUUGUGAGCCUGAAAUGUGGUGGUGGUGGUUGUCUCACACUGCUUUUAUGGAGGUAGUUAAUCAGUCUCCUAAAAGAUGCAAUCGCAGGCAGCACUUCAGAAAGCCCAUCCUGUAUUGAUAAUAUGGGAAUGACAGAGAUCAUGAAGGCAUGUCACCUGAAUGAGUAUAAAACAUACGUGUUCAUAUAACUAUUUUUGACUUUAUGCUAUAAACAUUCCUAUUGAGAAAUUGUGAGAAAUUUGCAAUUUUUUUAUAAUAGGUUGGUUAGAAUAAUUUAUGUAAUGUAUAUUAACUUGUAGUGCCUUAUAAUGAUUCUAUAGAAUGAUCCUAUUUAUGAACUGAUGGAAUACAGCCACCCCAAAAAAAUAUAUUUUUUGUUAUUUCUUCAAGUUUUAAGGGCAAGAAAUUGAUUAAGUACAUCUGGAUACUUAUAAUUUACAAGUCUCCAACAUAUUGCAAAGAUAUACUUCUAGACAAGAAAAUAUGCGGUGCUAGAUGCCUUAAAAUACUUUAAUCUCGUUCUAAUGAGAUGCAAAAUCAACAAGAAGAGGAUAGCAAGGCCUAAGCAAUUACAUGCUUCAUUAGUAUGAUGAAAUAUUAAACAAUUAUAUAGCUUGUUAUUAUUAGUUUCCUUGGUUUAUUAUAUGUUUGAUCGUGGUUUUAUUUAUUUCCUUUUCUUGGCUAGGGUUAGUUGAGUUAUUCUAGAAGUAAAAGUGUUUAUUUGCUGGUACUUGUAGUUUCAGUAUUUUAUAAAUUUUAAAGCUGGUCUGUUGGUUGGAGUUUUUUAGUUGUAAGAUCCCUACUUUGCAUUGAUUAGGACUUCACACUUCGGUUUGUUUUUAAGGUUUGCAAUCCAACCCAUUAAUAGUUUAGGAAAUUCUAUACUUGAUUGAAUGUGAGUCCUACAUUGUUACUAUUAUCAAGUGCACCAAGGAUUUUGAAGGUUAAUGUGAGUCAUUAGCAGUUUCCAUCAUUUUUGCCUAUUAAAAAAAGGCCUUCUGGGCACCUGCAGAUGGUCCUUGUCUCUAACAAGGGAUUAAAGUUAAUAGAAUUGACUUUUGCUUGCAGGCUAAUAGGCACACGAUUAUUCUGAUGCAGACAUCUCAAAACAGAGCAACUCGAACAUUUAUGGAUUAUGGUUCGAUAAGUCAAGCAAUGGAUGGUAUAUGUGGACUAUAUGAAAGGAAACUUAAAGAUCUAAAUCCAGCCAUCAGGAACAUCACUUACGAUAUUGAAGAUCUCUACGCUUUCAUUGAUGGUCUUGCAGACAUGAGUGCAUUAACCUAUGAUCAUUCAUUGCAGGCUUUCCUUCCAUAUGACCGGCAGUGGAUUAAGCAACGCAUGUUUCAGCACCUGAAGAAAUUGGCACAUUGA